AUGGCUCAACCAUCGCAUAUAGAUACUGGGUGGUCUUCACGUAAUGAUAUUACUCGUUCGGACCUUGGCUCCAGCGCCGAACUCGAGCAAGCUUUGAAGCAACUCACCUCGGUGACAACCCAUUUCUCAACACAAGCUACCGAAUGCGAACGACUUUACAAAAGCCAGACAGAGGUUCGUCGACUUGUAAGCAACAAACAGGCAUUCCCCGAUGCCACUACACUUGCUCAAACUGAAUGCGCUCGCGGUAUCACAGAAUUGGCAUCGGGACUUUUAAAUGUAGCAAACAUGUUGGAGCGUAUUUGGACAGUACAGACCAACGAAAUACAAAAAAACAAUUUGAAAUUAGGCUCAGCCGUUGAACGCGUCGAGAUACGAUUUGACAAGACAGUAUUGGAAGCACAAAGCUUGCUCAUCGCACCCAAAGGGUCUGCCAAAUCCAAGCGCACAAGAAAAAUCAUUCAAAAAACUGCACUGCCACGACCAGCAAAGGAACCCAACUUCAAUAUUAAUUUGCAUGCUACAGCUGGAAUUGGUAUCCAGCCUGAUAUUACAGUUCAGCCCCAAUUUACCUCGGCACCAGAAGCAACUAGAUACAGGCCAUUUGAAAAUCUGUCUCGUCGUGCACAAGCAGUAAAUGCUGUUGACCAUCAUGUUACCACUCGACCUGCUGAAAACCCAGCUACUUUGUUUGUCAAGCUAUCUGCAAACCGAGCAUCUUCUGGAGAUAUUGCCAGACACGGCGUGUCGAGCAUUCCACCACCUCCUCCACUAUCUGCCAAGGGAGAAAAACAUGCUGGAAGUGGAUCGUUGUCACAAAUACACUCCACUCCAUUAGCCAGCUAUGGCUCUUUAAACAAGGUAUCUCAAUCAGUUGAACAAGUUUGUCCUGUGUCUAGUGGUCCACCACCACCUCCUCCUCCACCUCCUCCAUUAUUUAUUCCAAAUAAUUAUACAGCUGCAAGCCCAGUUGCACCACCACCACCACCUCCUCCUCCUCCUCUUUUAGAUGAAUCAGGCACACUUUUACCAAAAAAAGCAUUGGUAGAAACUCCAAAAGCAAAACCAAAAGAGCUUAGUUUACAAGAUCAGCUCAAAGAGCGACUUCAAAAACGAGCCGAAGGUUCUGGCCAAGAAAAGCCUAAUGAUGAUUCUGUCAAGACUCGUAACUCGCCAUCAGUAAAAUCCCCUCAAAAGAACGAUGGUGGCAGUGGAUUGAGUUUUCAGGAACAAUUGCAGAAUAGGAUUAAAAAACGAGCACAGGAAGCAGAGGUUCAAGUUGAGUCUACACCACUACCUGCUGCUGCCGUGUCUGCUGCUUCAACAAAUUCGACUUCACCUUGGUCAAUCGUGUCUUCAGUGGUAAUGACUACACCAGUUUUGGAUUCGGCAGAAUCACCAGUAAACAUUGGUAAUCAAGCAAAUUUGUCCCCUGUGCGAAAUACCAUCAGUGGUGUUCCACCGCCUCCACCGCCUCCACCACCACCAUCUAUCGCACCGGUAACUCAAGAUGUAGUAAACAUUUCCUCUGGUGGUCCUCCUCCACCACCACCUAUGCCAACUUCAUCUGGAUUGGCUAAAAUGUCUGGCGGUCCUCCUCCCCCGCCUCCUCCUCCACCAGAUAGCGUAAUAAACCAUACUCCACCACCAACAUCAUCAGAUGCCAAAAUCCUCAAACCAACACGAUCAGAACCGGUAUCAACUCCGUCUACCAUGAACUUCCAAGAUCAAUUAAAAAUGCGUUUAAAAAAGCGUACAGAAUCUGCAGAUUCAUCGGGAGAGAAUGCAAGUAAAGUGACUGAUCAGCACAUACAACAGCAACGUCCAGUUGCAGCCAAACCAUCCGCGCUUGAAGGGAUCAGCUUUGAAGACCAACUAAAGCAACGACUAAAAAAACGUAGUGAAGGUCUCGGUACACCGACCGAACCAGGCGUACAGAUUUCCAAUCAAAGUAAUCAAGAAAGUCAAACACCUUUUGGAUUAGAUGAAACUGGCAGUCCGCUAAAACCAUCGGCUUUGAGGAACAAACAGGCGCAACAGAAUAGCCCGUUAACAAAUACAGCAGGAUCUAAAUGGAACACAGCAAAGAAAGAUGCCAUACCAGCUUCACCAGGUUCGUCAUGGCGACAAGCAUUAAAAUCUACACAGAGUUCUGUCGAGGUGCCCAAAUAUAUUGCAGAAACUACUGCAGAGCCUCCAUCUGCCCAAGUAAUUCAGCCUGUUCUUGAUAUAGUACAGGAGAAGCAUUCCCCCGUACAAGAGAUUAAAGAAACAAUUAUUAAUCAGCAAGUUCAAAAUUCAUCACCAACAGAAGUCAUCCCAACAAGCGUGACUAAAGACGAUGACCAACAGGAAAAUGCAGUCGAGGAGCAAGUGCUGGUUGUCACGGAUGACAUGCUUGUGGUAGCGUUGGCUGAUUAUCCUGCUACUGAUACAGAGCAAAUGGAGCUAGUUCAAGGCGAAAUGCUUGUGAUGUUAGUACCUGAUUAUGGAAAUGGAUGGUCUUAUGGAUGCAGUCUGGAUGGAUCCAAGCGGGGUAUGUUUCCACAGACAUUUGUUGAAAAGACGCCAAGUGCUGAAUAAGGUGGCACAAUCCAGAACUUGUCUGCAGGUAUCAAGUACCGAUAAUGCCGUAUAUAAAUUAUGAGCAUAAAUAACAGUCUAGAUAUUCUACCAAUAAAACUGUUUUGACGCUUAAUCAA